UCUACCUCCUCUUUUGGGCUGCCUUCUGGGAAGAUAGAUGAAAGUCUAUCGAAGGUAAAGCUCUGCAGCCGUCCGCCCGCCUCCGCCCCGCUUCCCUCCCGCUUCCGCGCCGGCCCUUGCCCUUUGCCCUCCCUUGCGGCGGGGUGAGAGGUCAGGUGGCCAUCUUGUGGCGGCGGCGGAGGCGGCUGUUACCGAGGAGACUCGGCCGCCCCUCGGGCCUUUGCCCCUCAGGCUCUCGGCCCGGCUUGACGAGUCAGUCUGCCGCUCGGUCUCGGACUGGUCCUCGUCCCGGGCCUCGUGUCCAUCGGCUGCCGCCUCCCGCUCCACCCCGCCCGGAAGCCCGCCAGUCCUCCCUCCCCCCACCAUGUCCUCUUUCUCGGAGUCCGCGCUCGAGAAGAAACUCUCCGAGCUGAGUAACUCCCAGCAGAGCGUCCAGACCUUGUCCCUGUGGCUGAUCCACCACCGCAAGCAUGCGGGGCCCAUCGUCUCAGUGUGGCACCGCGAGCUCCGCAAAGCGAAAUCAAAUAGAAAGCUUACGUUUUUAUACUUAGCAAAUGAUGUCAUCCAAAACAGUAAGAGGAAGGGGCCUGAAUUCACUAGGGAAUUUGAAUCUGUCCUCGUGGAUGCUUUUUCUCAUGUUGCCAGAGAGGCAGAUGAAGGCUGUAAAAAGCCUUUAGAAAGAUUGCUGAACAUCUGGCAAGAAAGAAGUGUUUAUGGUGGUGAGUUCAUUCAGCAGCUGAAGUUAUCUAUGGAAGACUCCAACAGCCCUCCACCUAAAGCCACAGAAGAGAAGAAAUCUCUCAAGCGAACCUUCCAGCAGAUACAAGAGGAUGAAGAUGAUGAUUACCCUGGAAGCUACUCUCCCCAAGAUCCUACUGCAGGUCCUCUCUUGACUGAGGAACUGAUCAAAGCCCUGCAGGAUUUGGAAAAUGCUGCAUCAGGCGAUGCCACUGUGAGGCAGAAAAUUGCUUCACUACCACAAGAAGUCCAAGAUGUUUCACUUCUAGAGAAAAUUACAGACAAAGAGGCAGCUGAACGUCUUUCAAAGACAGUGGAUGAAGCAUGUUUGUUACUAGCAGAAUAUAACGGGCGACUGGCAGCAGAACUCGAAGACCGGCGCCAGCUGGCACGCAUGUUGGUGGAAUAUACCCAGAACCAGAAAGAUGUUUUAACAGAGAAGGAGAAAAAACUAGAAGAGUAUAAGCAGAAGCUUGCUCGGGUAACCCAAGUGCGCAAGGAGCUGAAGUCACACAUACAGAGCCUUCCAGACCUGUCGCUGCUUCCUAAUGUUACAGAUCCUGAAACAGAUGAAAAAUUGGCUACCUUAAAGAAGACCAGCUGGCGAGGGGAGCUGGAGCCCUUUCAACUCUUCAAAGGGCCUGUCCAGAGCAGGGCCACUCUAGUGGCUAAGAACCCAGAGACAUCUGGAUAUUAUUCCGAAUGACCUGUUUGUUGCUGUAAAAAGUCAGGCAGAAAUUAUGAAGAAGGAAGAUAAUCACUUCUUACUCUACGGAUCAGGUAUAAUUCACACAAGGUAAGAAAGAUAAGGAUGUCAGAGCUGGGAUGAGAAAUUUGCAAGCCCAAGGCAGGGUUCAAAAAUGAUGCCACUCUCUUCCCCACUAUCCCCUGGGUGUGACUGUUCUUCAGAGGCUUUAAACUUUCCCAGUGCAGGUGAUUGACCUUACUAUAAAGCCAAUCCCUGAAUUUUCUGGCAUUAAACACCUGCGUUUGUAAAGAUAAGUUAAAAAGUGCCACUCCUUGUACCCCUCCCCAUGUUGCAUCCUAGAUGAUGUCUCUGUUGCCUGGCCCUAGUCCCAUCUCUAGGACAAAGAUAGUUCAUAGGUCUUUAGCACUUUAAGGUUUGCAAAGCUCUUGAUGCACCACAAUCCGGUGAGGUAGAUAGUCUAAGGAUCACAGUGCCCACUUUACAGAUGAGGAAACUUGAGGCUCAGCGAGGGGAAGUGGCAUAAAAUAUAUUACGAUAUUGUAUAAUAUUGAAUACAAUUUUAUGUAUUGUUUACUCUGCUUGGUUUCAUUGAUUUUAAUAUAUGCUUUUGAAAGCUUUAUAUACCAUGCGGGUAUACUACUUAAAGCUGAUUAAGUAUGGUGUUUGUGAUUAUUUAUAUUAAAAAUUAAAUGUUAAGAGUAUAACUGUCUUUUGGACUAGUAGCUCACACUGAUAUAGCCUGUUAUAGUUACAAAGCACUUUACAUCCAUUUCCUUGUUAGAUCCUUAGAAAAGAUCUGUGAGGGAAGUAGUAUAGAGAUUAUUACCCCUACUUCACAGGUGAGAAAACUGAGGCUUAGUUUUUUACUCUCCGGCCAGCAGCCCCUGAUCCCCAGUCUCUAACCUUAUUUCCUGUGCUAGGGAUUGAGGCUCAAAUGUGGAUUAGCUUGUCCAAAGUUGAAUAGGAAGUGUGUGACUUAGUGGGCACCAGGUCAUCUUAUUUGGCAUCCAGGGCUCUUUCUGUUUGCACCACACUGCUUCUAAUGAUGUCAUUCUCUUGAAGAGAAAACCAGUCCACUUAAUAGACCAUUUUUUUUUUCAGGAAUUCACUUAAUAGCACUUAGUACUGUAAGUAGGAGUAAGAUCUGCCUGUAAAGCAGCAUGCUUCCAGAAGCUGGUAGGUGUCAGUCUCCUGGCUCUACUCACUAAAUGUGUUACGAUCCCAUGACCUCUGACAUGGGAGGACCUGUAAGAACAGGGAAGGACUCGGUUGUUGCCACGAAUGCAGCUGUUAUUGACUUUGUAACAUAACAUCUUUUCUGCCAGCGCAUUUGUACAUGCUCUAAGCUCUCCACUACCUUACGGUAUAGCCCGAUGCAUGAGUUUUUGCCAGAAGAACACACAAAACAGAGAAACAUAAAUAUAAACACAUAGGGAAAGCCACCCAGAUUACAUGACCCUUUGGAGCUGUGCUGCUGUUAGAGUGGGAUCUUAUUUGGCUCACUUGCUCUUUCUUCUAUCCACUUACUCAGCUUUACAAUCACAAUAUAAGGCCCACAUUAAUAAAACACCUGCAGAAUCUCUGCUUUUCCAAGCUACCCACAGGCAGUGUUGAGAGGCUGGUUCCCUUGUUGGGUCUGUUGGUUGCAGCAACUGCCUUCAUCAGAUCAUUUGCCCUGCAUUUCUGGCUGGAGUAACAGUGAUACAGGGCAGGUGGGCUAACUUUUCCAUCUAUCAGAUGGCAAUAACAAUUCUUUGUGGCCUUCUUCGUAAGGGAGAAGUAAUAACUGAGCAAUCUUUGGAAAACCAUAUCCAGUCUUCAUAAUGUGCUUAGAUGCUUUUGAACUGAAGUGUCUGCCUGUCAGAAUAAUGGGAACUUUUCUACCUAGAACUUUCGAAGCAUAUGGUUUAGGACAAACAAGGAAUAGCCGUGUGUAUUAUUCCAGAUGUUGUUACAAAUGGAAGGGCAAAGCCUGCCCUUUGGUGAGUCCAUAUCAUUUGAAGGAAAAAAUUCAAUUUGUUUUUUGAUGCCAGUAACAGACUUUUUCUUUACUCCUUACAGUGAGUGAUAGCCAUGUAUUGGAAAAUGUAUAGGCCUGAGAGUCAGAAGACUUGGGCUUGAGUCUCAGAGACUUUAAUCCUCUGACACUUAAUAGUCAUGUUGCCUUAGGCAAGUCAUUUCAUUAUGGUGGGCCUGGGCUUUGUCAUCUGUAAAAUGGGGAUAGUAAAACUUGCCCUGCCUUAACAGUUAUGUUCUACAAAUUGGAUGGGGAGUAUGCCUGGUACAAUCAAAAGAGUCCUGGAUUUGGAAUCAGGAAGUCCUGGAUUUGAGUGCUAGUUCUGCCACAUGAGCUAUGGGACUGAGCAGGCUACUCCUUUGAGCCUCAGCUAGUAUCAUAUGGAGAAGGCUAUAUUUGAAGAUGGGGGACCUCAGCUUGACUUCUGGCUCUGUCACUGAUUGGGUGGCCUUGGGCAAGUCACCUCACCACUCUGGGCCUCUGUUUCCUCCUCUGUAAAAUGAGGGUUUGGGAAUUAAUUAAUUUCUGACAUUCCUUCCAGAUCUAAAAUCCUCUGAUACUGUGGAUGAAUACUUGCAUUGCCCACCUCACAAGCUAGUGGUAACAAAAGCCCUUUGUAAACUGUAGAGUGCUAUAGAAAAGUGAGCUACUAUUAUCGUUCUUAUUAUUAUUAUGAUUAAGGUGUGGGAUAAAGGAGAGUAAGUAUGUAAAAUGCUUUGUAGAAUGUAAGGUCCUUGAUGGUAAGGACUGUGCUACCUUUAUCUUUGUCUAGCACAGUAUCUUUUAGAAAGUGGAUGCUUUAUAAAUGUUGUUUUUGUUUGUUUGUAAACCUUACAGCACUAUAUAGAUGUCAGC